AUGGAAGCCGCCGCUAGUAUCGUUGGCACCACAUCCGCGGCUGUUACCUUCGUUGAAACGAUUGCCAAGAUGGUUUCAAUCGCUCGAAAACUGCACGAUAGUGCGACUGAGAAGUGCAAAAGCCAAACUCGACUUUCCCCCGAGGAACAAAGCAUGUUGGAAGUUGCCGAGCAGUGCCAAGACGUUAGGAAGCGGCUAUUCCUUCUCUUGGACAGAUAUCAAAUAGGACCAAAAUCGCAAAUUGGCCACAAAUCACCAUUGUCGGUGAAAAAGAUCACCGGUCGCUUAUUUGCCAAGAAGACUAUCAAGAUCACGCUACGCAUACUAUGGGACAAGCCUGAAGCAGAAGGGCUAAGAAAGGCAUUCGACACGUGCACUGGGCAGCUCAGCAUUCACCUGACAUUGGUUUCGAGAUCCGAUAUCCUCAAAAAGAUCGACGCCACAUUCGUCAAAUACUGUGAAAAAAGCUCGACCGACAUCGAAAAUAUCCGCAAUACUCUCCAGAAUAUUUCCAAGAAAUCUGAUUACCUCAUCGACCAGGUUGAAUCUGUUGAACUCAAACUUGAUCAAGUGGUUGACAACCAACCAAGACAGAUUGAGCAUAUCAUUGAGUUUCAAAAACGCUUCGAAGCAUCCCACCCUUCAAUCGAAGAGAAUAAAUGCGAUCAAAUUCUAAAGGCCAUCGCUUUUCAGGAUUUCCAAACGAGGCGUCAUGAAAUUGGAAAUAUUGAGCUAGCAGAAGCGACUUUCGAAUGGAUGAUCAAGGAUGAAACGGUACCUCCUUCACACCGGCAUCUCAAGCAAUCCUUCAGAAGCUGGCUCGAAAGGGGAGAGGGCAUCUUUCACAUCACUGGGAAACCUGGAAGUGGCAAAUCGACAUUGAUGAAUUUUCUUCCCAAUCAUCCGGAGACUAGAUCACAGCUGGGUAAGUGGGCACGCAAUGGAAACAGUAUCGUUAUGGCUUCAGUGUUUCUGUGGAACCUCGGAUCAGCGGAGCAGAAGAACACGGAUGGUAUUUACAGGACUCUGCUGCAUACCAUCUUGAGCGAACACAGAGAGCUCAUUCACCAGGUCAUUGAGGAUCUUCGGGAUACAUUAAGUGAGGAGCCCUCAAUGUCACAACAGCAUCUUGAAAUUAGUCCAGAGAAGAUAGAGGACGCUCUACAAAAGCCAAUUACAUACUCGACUCGAAGCUAUCAGUAUUGCUUUUUUAUUGAUGGGUUGGACGAAUUCCAUGAAGAAAACUUCCCUGACCGCCGUCUGGCGAUCCAGCUAGAGAAAUGGGCAAGCCAUCAAGGGAUCAAAAUCUGCGUUUCCAGUCGCGAGUACCCACCCUGGACGACCUAUUUUGAUAAAUUCCCAAGGCUGAGAAUUCAUCUCACUACAGAACAAGACAUUCGGAGAAUGAUUGACAAAUAUCUAUCUGACGACCGCCACCUCAAAACUUUUGGCCCAAUUGAGAGUGAAAGGUUCGUCAGCAGGUUCGUCAACAUGGCUAAAGGUGUUUUCAUCUGGGUCAAGCUGGUAUUGCGGGAGCUGGAACUAGAACUUUACUCCGAAGUCUCCCUAGGCGCCCUCUAUGAAGUUCUUGAUGCUUUUCCGAAAGAUUUGGAAGAGUUUUACGACAGGAUUCUGCACAAUGUCGACAGACCAGAAGCUUGGGCCAUGUUGAAUGCCCUUGUUGAGACAACAAAAUGGAACUUUUCGCGCCUAUUCACCAUUUAUCACCAUUCUCUCUUGAGGGGCUUAACAUCAAAUCCUGAUGAUUAUCAAGGAACUUCUGAUGACACACCAUGGCGGGACGACCUGACACCAGAAUCACAAGCUCUUGUCGACAAUUUUCGAAAGCGGGUCCCAUUGCUUUUCCGCGGCAUGGUAGAUGUGAUUCCUGGGGGCCGCUUCCACGAAAACACAGCAUCGGACUGGUUGGCAUUCUCUCAUCGAUCAAUAUACGAAUACCUAAACACUCGUCCGUGCCAGAAAUCCCUCCAGUCUCGAGUUGACUCUCAGAUAAUGAUAACCAAGUGCUUUAUUAAACAAGUCAAUUGUUACCGACUUUCUCGCGUUGGCAUGUCACUUGUGAUAGGAGAAUUACUGUCUCAGAUUGAACAUACACACAACGACUCAAUGCUACAAGUUUUGGGUUUAUUAGACGAAGCGCUGCUUCAUCGUCAAACUAAAGAAUUCGGAGACAUAUUCCUAGAUUUCCACAGCAGCCCAAACUAUAUGCCUAGGGCCAGGGAACAAAUUCCCAUGGUGUUUUUCCAGAGCUGUGAACAAGGCUGUCUACAAUAUUUACAUUGGGCGAUACACAAUAGCUCGGUCUGGCUAAACAACGAGUGUUUUCGAGCUAUCGCUAUAGCCAUUGUCUCAUUGCCUGAAGAAAUCUUACACCAUCUAUCACCAGCGGACUCAUUGCACGUUCUUCUUGGCGACGAAUUCGGCCCCAACUUUUGGUAUACCCAUCCUUCAUUCUCAUGCUCUAUAUCACCAUGGACUCGAUUUCUAUUCUACUUUAUUGCAAAAGCUGCUUCCAAUUCCCUCUGUGUCUUUGAAGAGAGCACAAUAUGGUCAAUUAUUAGCACAUUUAUUGAAAACAAUGCGGAUCUCGAUCUUGUUUUGAGCUGGACUAUUGGAAAGACUUCUGCCUCUCCUCGUAGGUUCUACCUCAAGGAUAUUAAAGUCGAGAAAAGGGUAUGUCAUGACAGUCAGUAUCCUAAAACAGACACACUUUUCUUUAAGAGAAAGAAAUUCCUUGUGUCACGGAAAUUUAGAUAUCAAUUUCCCCAUGGCAGCUCUGCUCGGGAACUGCUUCUUCACUUUGUACCUACAGACUUUUUACCCCUUCUGAAAAAUCUCAAAAGAGAGUCAGGGGUUCCAAUAGUUAAGUAA